CAACAGCUCCGAUGAGCUCCACUGUGGCUGCAGCUGCACCAGCUGCUGUGGCUGCCUCCAGGAAGGAGUCUCCAGGCAGAUGGGGCCUGGGGGAGGAUCCGACAGGCGUGGGCCCCUCGCUCCAAUGCCGCGUGUGUGGGGACAGCAGCAGCGGAAAGCACUAUGGCAUCUAUGCCUGCAACGGCUGCAGCGGCUUCUUCAAGAGGAGCGUGAGGCGGAGGCUCAUUUACAGGUGCCAGGUGGGGGCAGGAAUGUGUCCGGUGGACAAGGCCCAUCGCAACCAGUGCCAGGCCUGCCGGCUGAAGAAGUGCUUGCAGGCAGGCAUGAACCAGGAUGCCGUGCAGAAUGAGCGCCAACCCCGAAGCACGGCCCAGGUCCGCCUGGACAGCAUGGAGUCAGACACUGAGCCCCGGAUGGAGGCCCUGGUAGCUCCUCCUGUUCCCGCAGGGCCCAGCCCUCGGGGCCCUACGCCAGUGUCUUCUGCCAGAGCCCUGGGCCACCACUUUAUGGCCAGCCUUAUAACAGCCGAAACCUGCACUAAGCUGGAGCCAGAGGAUGCUGAUGAGAACAUUGAUGUCACCAGCAAUGACCCUGAGUUCCCCUCAUCCCCAUACUCCUCCUCCCCCUGCGGCCUGGACAGCAUCCACGAGACAUCAGCUCGUCUGCUCUUCAUGGCUGUCAAGUGGGCCAAGAACCUGCCCGUGUUCUCCAACCUGCCCUUCCGGGAUCAGGUGAUCCUGCUGGAGGAGGCAUGGAGUGAACUCUUCCUCCUCGGAGCCAUACAGUGGUCUCUGCCCCUGGACAGUUGCCCACUGUUGGCCCCGCCUGAGGCCUCUGCUGCCAGCAGCUCCCAGGGACGUCUGACACUGGCCAGUGUGGAGACGCGCAUUCUGCGGGAAACCAUCUCUCGCUUCCGGACACUGGCGGUAGACCCCACGGAGUUUGCCUGCAUGAAGGCCCUGGUCCUCUUCAAACCAGAGACGCGGGGCCUGAAAGAUCCUGAACAAGUGGAGGCCUUGCAGGACCAGUCCCAAGUGAUGCUGAGCCAGCACAGCAAGGCCCACCACCCCAGCCAGCCUGUGAGGUGA